AUGUCCGCCCUCUCAGACUCUGGCAGCUACGAGGACCCGACGGCAUACGAGGUUCGGCUGCGCAAAUAUUCCCAGGAGAUUGCCGAGCACACGAUACGCCAAUGGAACGUUAUGCGCGCGAAGCAGGAGCAGCUAGACGCCGAUACGACAGAGCUAGAGAAGAAGAUGGCGAGGACGAAGCUAUCGUCGGAGAGCGCGCAGUCUCCUCAACGACGCGGCCGGAGCGACGCAGAAGACGGCCAACAGGGUCAGGCGUCUGGGAAAGGGCAUCGCGCUCACUACGGAGAAAGCUCUGAGCAGUCACGGAAUAAGUCGCAGUCGGGGCAGCAGAAGAGUGAGUCCUACCUUUGUUUUCUGCACCGCCGCCGUACUUAUCGACCACCUGAGCAGUCCGACGCUUCAUAA